UUUGUCGAACCGAGCGGAAAAAAAAAACGAAAAAAGAAAAGAAAAGAAGAGAGAGAGAGAGAGAGAUCGCUUACCAUUUCUCCCCUCUCCCGCAAGCAAUCAGAAGUUGAGAACGCGGCGGAGCUCACCGGCGGCGACGAGCCAUGUGCGGCGGCGCCAUCCUCACCAGCCUGAAGGGCCAUCCGGCCGGGUCGCGCCGGGUGACGGAGGCGCUGCUGUGGCCCGAGAAGAAGAAGCCCCGGUGGGGCGGCGGCGGGAGGCGCCACUUCGGCGGGUUCAUGGAGGAGGACGAGGAGGACUUCGAGGCCGACUUCGAGGAGUUCGAGGUGGACUCCGGGGAGUCGGAUUUGGAGCUCGGGGUGGAGGACGACGACGAUGACGUCAUCGAGACCAAGCCCGUGAAGAGGGCCUUGUCCAGAGAUAAUUUGAGCACCAUCACCACUGCUGGAUUUGAUGGUCCUGCUGCAAGGUCUGCCAAAAGGAAGAGAAAGAACCAAUUCAGGGGCAUCCGCCAGCGCCCUUGGGGCAAGUGGGCUGCUGAAAUCAGAGAUCCUCGCAAGGGUGUUCGUGUCUGGCUUGGCACUUUCAACAGUGCUGAAGAAGCUGCAAGAGCUUAUGAUGCUGAAGCACGCAGGAUUCGUGGCAAGAAGGCUAAGGUGAAUUUUCCAGAGACUCCAACUACUGCUCAGAAGCGCCGAGCUGGCUCCACCACUGCUAAAGCACCCAAGUCAAAAGUGGAACAGAAGCCUACUGUCAAACCAGCAUUCAACAAUCUGGUCAACACAAAUGCGUUUGUCUACCCAUCAACUAACUUCACUUCAAACAAGCCAUUUGUUCAGCCUGAGAAUAUGCUGUUUGUUCCUGCAAUGAACUCUGCUGCUCCUAUUGAGGAUCUUAUCAUCAACUCUGACCAGGGAAGCAACUCAUUUGGCUGCUCAGACUUGGGCUGGGAGAAUGAUACCAAGACACCAGAUAUUACAUCAAUUGCUCCCAUUUCCACCAUAGCUGAAGUCGAUGAAUCUGCAUUCAUUAGGAGCAAUACUGACAACUCAGUGGCCCCUCCGAUUAUGGAGAACAGUACUGUUGAUCUGCCUGAUUUAGAACCCUACAUGAGGUUCCUUUUGGAUGAUGGUGCAGGUGACUCAAUUGAUAGCCUUCUCAACCUGGAUGGAUCACAGGAUGUUGCCAGCAAUAUGGAUCUCUGGAGCUUUGAUGACAUGCCCGUUAGUGAUUUCUAAUGAGAAAUUUGAAGGCUGCUAGUCGGAGCAUGCACAUAGGGACAAAAAGGAAUAAAUACUAUUUGAGAUUGGGAGGCAUCUGUAUGGCAUCUUGGUAGCAUAUCAUUAUGUUUAGCUUAGAUGCAAAAGGUUGCAUCCUGAAACUCUUUGGUGAUUGGACCUGUUGCCUACUCGACUGUCUAUGUAUGACAGCCGUUAUGAGACUCGAGAACUGCUGCUUUUUUUUUCUUCUGGUUCUAGUUUUCUGUCGUGCUACCUGUAUAUGGCUAUGAACGUCGUGAAUCCAUGGCCAGUAUGUCUUAAUCUAUGUUGUUGACUGCUCCUUCAGUCUUUGCUGUGUUGCGCUAUGUUCGUUGGUGACAACUACCUACCAUAUCGUAUUGCUGUACAUAAUUCAUUAGUUGAAUCCGAAAUUAACUAGUGCAUUGAUUA